CCGGCGAGGGGCGGUGUUCUGGCCCCGCCCCUGCCCGCUCCCCGCCGUCGCCCUCCCCCAGGGUUGUGGCCACGCGCAGCGGCGGCGGCUGUUCCGCUUCCCCUCCGGCCCGGGCCGUCGCCAUUGCCGAAGGCUCCCUGCCCUCCCUUCCCGGCGCCCGCGGGGCUCGGCUGCCGCUCGGCCUAGCGGUAGCAGCGGCUGCGCUCUAGCGCAGCUCGUCUUCCCGCCCCGCUUCCCCUUCCGUCCCCGCCUGCCCCGCGCCGCGCGCUUGCCCGGGGCGGCUCCAGAGCCCGCCGGGAGCUCGGACCGAGGCGCCUCGCUGGGGCGGGGACCUUUCCUCGCCUGAGGCCAUAUCAUAAUUCCGAAUCAUGUCUGAUAACGGAGAACUGGAAGACAAGCCUCCAGCGCCUCCCGUGCGAAUGAGCAGUACCAUUUUUAGCACCGGAGGCAAGGACCCUUUGUCAGCCAAUCACAGUUUGAAACCUUUGCCUUCUGUUCCAGAGGAAAAAAAGCCCAGGAAUAAAAUCAUCUCUAUAUUCUCAGGCACAGAGAAAGGAAGUAAGAAGAAAGAAAAGGAACGGCCAGAAAUUUCUCCUCCAUCUGAUUUUGAGCACACCAUCCAUGUUGGCUUUGAUGCAGUUACUGGAGAAUUCACUGGCAUGCCAGAACAGUGGGCUCGAUUAUUACAGACCUCCAAUAUCACCAAACUAGAGCAAAAGAAGAAUCCGCAGGCUGUGCUGGAUGUCUUAAAGUUCUAUGACUCCAACACAGUGAAGCAGAAAUAUCUGAGCUUUACUCCUCCUGAGAAAGAUGGCUUCCCUUCUGGAACACCAGCACUGAGUACCAAGGGAUCAGAAACGUCAGCAGUCGUGACAGAGGAAGAUGACGAUGAUGAAGAGGCUGCUCCCCCUGUUAUUGCCCCGCGGCCGGAUCACACAAAAUCAAUUUAUACACGGUCUGUAAUUGACCCUAUUCCUGCACCAGUUGGCGAUUCUAAUGUUGAUGGCGGUGCCAAGUCUUCUGACAAACAGAAAAAGAAGACCAAAAUGACAGAUGAAGAGAUUAUGGAGAAAUUAAGAACUAUUGUGAGCAUAGGUGACCCUAAGAAAAAAUACACAAGAUAUGAAAAAAUUGGGCAAGGGGCUUCUGGUACAGUUUUCACUGCUACUGAUGUGGCAUUGGGACAGGAGGUUGCUAUCAAACAGAUUAAUUUACAGAAACAGCCAAAGAAGGAAUUAAUCAUUAAUGAAAUUCUGGUGAUGAAAGAAUUAAAGAAUCCCAACAUAGUUAACUUCUUGGACAGUUACCUGAUGGGAGAUGAACUGUUCGUGGUAAUGGAGUACCUUGCUGGGGGAUCACUUACUGAUGUUGUAACAGAAACCUGCAUGGAUGAAGCACAGAUUGCUGCUGUAUGCAGAGAGUGUUUACAGGCAUUGGAGUUUUUACAUGCUAAUCAAGUGAUCCACAGAGACAUCAAAAGUGACAACGUGCUUUUGGGGAUGGAAGGAUCGGUUAAACUUACUGACUUUGGGUUCUGCGCCCAGAUCACCCCUGAGCAGAGCAAGCGAAGUACCAUGGUUGGAACGCCGUACUGGAUGGCCCCAGAGGUGGUUACACGGAAAGCUUAUGGCCCUAAAGUGGACAUAUGGUCUCUGGGUAUCAUGGCUAUUGAGAUGGUAGAAGGAGAGCCUCCAUACCUCAAUGAAAAUCCCUUGAGGGCCUUGUACCUGAUAGCAACUAAUGGAACUCCAGAACUUCAGAAUCCAGAGAAACUUUCCCCAAUAUUUCGGGAUUUCUUAAACCGUUGUUUGGAGAUGGAUGUGGAGAAAAGGGGUUCGGCCAAAGAAUUGUUACAGCAUCCCUUCCUGAAACUGGCCAAACCCUUGUCCAGCCUGACACCACUGAUCAUGGCAGCUAAAGAAGCGAUGAAGAGUAAUCGUUAGCAUCAUUGCCGUGGCCUCGUAUUCUUUCUUCCAUUUUCUAAAAAGAAAUCUUUUAAUAUAUGAAAAUUAUUACUCUUUUGGGGUUUAAAGAAAUGGUCUGCAUAACCUGGAGGAAAAAGCAAACUACUACUUCCUGAAGACAACCAAGAGAAAAUUGCAAAACAGAAUGACAACUUUCCGUUGACUCCCUUCUUUAUAGGGUCCAAAAGGAAUUGUGCACUGAAUCACUAGCCUUACUUUUUUCAGCAGACAGCCCAUCAGGCCCAUUUAUCGUUCUCGAGAUUUGCAUUUUAUUUUGCUGACUUCAUCAUGAUAGAUCCCAUUCAUUGUCCCUUUGGGGGAGUAUUUUCAAUACUUGAAUGGCAGAUUGGAGUUUUUCAGAGUAUUUGUUUCAUCUGCUGGUCUUUUCUCUCUUUUUCAUAGCCUUCUUUUUCCUUUCCUUCCUCCAUUGAGUUGCUUUGAAAGUUUUUUCUUGUGCCUAAAUUCAAGGCAAAUGUAAUAAAAACUGUGUAGCUCCUUAUAUUGGCAGAGGAGCUCAAAAUCGGUUAGCUUUGUAUAGAAGUUAGGACCAGCUAUUACUGCAUGUAAUAUUUCAGUUCAUAAUUUGAACUGAAGGAAGGGAAGAAAAACGUGAUUUUUACCUUUUUUAACAAAUGUGAAAGAGUCAGUUUUAGAAAUUUCAUGGUAGUGAGUUGUUUGGCAUUUGUUACAUGUAUAGAGAGACUAAUAAUCUAUAUUUAUAACUAAAUCAUUGAGACAGAAAAAGAAUCCCAUUGAUUAUACAUCCUUACAAUUUUGUUUCUUUUCUGACUAUAUCCUCUUCAGAUUGGGCUUCAGGAACCAAAGUGAUUUGUUCUUUCUUGUUCCAACUUGGGCUUUGUGACUGGUUGGUAUUGCUACUUUGCCCUUCCUCCUUUUACCUUCAUUUUGGAAAUAAGUUUCUGUAUAUGUUGUAAUUUUAGUUAGUUUGUUUUUUUAAUUAACCCUCUCUCACCCUACUCUACCCUUCCCCCUUUGGUAAAUAAUAUAAUAACCAUUAAAUUUUCAGAAUUUAAAAAUUAAUUUUUUCUUCCAUUUAAAGGAGAAAAAUACUUCGAGCUAGCAGAAACAAAGUGAGAGAAUAGAACUUUGGUGAGCUCUAAAAUAAUUAGAUAAGAUUAUAUUCUUGAAAGAGAAAUGACAGUUGCGUAGAGAUGCAGCUUCUGAUCAGUAAACUACAGAGAUUUGUUAUAAACAUUGUUUCCAGCCCAUUACCAACAUUUUACUAUCUAUGAGAACUUAAGUCACAAAGUACUUCAUAAAUUCAUGGAUUAUUUGAGAUGUUGAGUUACGUUAGAUUUUUUCAAAUCGUGUAAAAAAAAAAAAAACUGGAGAAGAGAAAUGAAAUGUGCUUGUUGAUAGCAAUACUUUUUUUAUUUUAAAAAUUUGAAGAGGGUCUGUGACCUGUAGCAGUAAUUAUGAGAGUGCCCUUUCUUCUCCACACCCCUUCUGCUCUCUUUUCUGUCCUUAUUUUUUAUUGUUUGGCUUGUGGAAGCGGUGUUGCCCCUUCUGACAUGCCUCAAGCCACAUAAAAGAGAAAAAUCUGGUGUCGUUCAGGCAGUUUGUUCCCCACCACCACUCCUCAUUAACUUCACACCUACUCUCCAUCCUGCCGUAGUACAGGCCAUGAACAAAAAUAAGUUUGAUGUUUUGAACUACAUUAGGGGAACGAAUAGAGUUUUAUUUCUUAUCAUUUUCCUCACAUCUGUGUUAAGAUAUUAGGAUAGAAAUGGCUGUUUUUCAUUGAUAAUGCAAGAUUUUCACAAAACUGAGUAAAAUAAUUAGUGAAACUUAUCUAGAGCACUUACUGGUCUCUGUUUUCAGUUUGAUUCUUGAUUUCAUUUUUCUCUGGAUUAUAUUGGCCCCUACAGCUAUUACUAAAUUACAGAAACAAGCUGGUUUAUUUCUGGUGAAAAUCUACAGUGCCACUUGGGUUUCAGAUUUGAACAUUCUGUGUAAAUCAUUGUUUGGGUGGAUUAUGAUAAAGACGACGCUACCAAUGAAAUAGAAAAUCAACCAGAUGUUAAGACCGAUCGUCAUGACCACUCUGGAAGGCCCUUCUAUACAUACGUCAUAGAGACCAUGUUCAUUGAAUCCAGUGCCAAUGCCCCAUUUUUAUGCCUGUGACUCAACAAAGGUCUUUCCAGUUUUUAGAAGCAGUUUGGGAUUUGUAUUUACAACUUCUUUGAGGGUUACCUGCACGUCCAUUGCUGGCAACGGACUUUGUCAUUAAAACCUGACUCCUAGGUUAAGGGAGCUACACUGUGGUUUAUUCUUUACUUAUGGAUAAACUAACUUGUAAUAGAAAUAUACUUUGGUUAAUUCUGAAGUGUGUCAUUUUUAAACAAAGUAAUCCUAAAAGCAAUAUGGAAUUGUGAUUUAUUAGUUAAUUUUAAAUUAAAAUGUCUGUCAGAUCUUGUUAAAAAAAAAUUAUAUCUGAAUCAAGAUUCAUGUUUUUUUAAUGACUGCCUUUUGUAUUCACCCUUUUUGUCAUCACUUCAGAAUGAAAAUUCCCAUUGAAAUCUAAAA